ACUUAAGCAUCAUUACAGAUGUAGGUGUCCUGUGAAAGCUUCCAUAAUAUGAUCAGGAAAAAAUGAUUCUAUAAAGAACGUGCCACAGAGACAGUGACUCCUUAAAUAUAUCCAGGGUAUCAAGUUGCCAGUCUGCAGCCUAUAUGCCUACAAAUAGUUAUGAACAUAGUAUUAAAGAACAAGAAGAAGACAAAAGCGAACCUAGUAUAUAGUAUACACUGCCAUCAUCAACUGAUCAAUAUAGACUAAAAAUGGAGACGAUCUGUGUACUUCUACAUGAGCAUAAACACUACUUGAAUAAAUGUGUAGAAAUAUUAAAUGAAGAAUGGCCACGCAGUGUAGCAGCAAGGGAGCACAGUUUAGAGAAGUCUAUGCCAAAUGGGAAUCCACCAUAUCCUGGCCUGCCGUGUGCAAUGGUGCUUGUGGCUGGCACUGAGCCUGAUAAAGAAGCAGCCAUCUUAGGCCACAGCAGAUUGAUGCCAGUUCAUGGAGAAGAAAAUAGUUGCCUCAUUGAAUCAGUGGUUGUCAAGAAAAGUCACAGAGGAAAAGGACUAGGGAAGAAACUUAUGUCAUGCAGUGGGAAACAAGCUUUAAAUCUUGGUAUUACAACCAUGUAUUUGGUUACCAUGGACAAACAAGAUUUCUACAAACAUAUUGGGUAUUCCAUUUGCGAACCUGUCAGACUUUCUUCUUUCAUGAGCUGCAAUCGGGAGUCCAAAAGGCCAGGUUACGAUGAGUUUUUAAAACAAUACCUUGGCUCUAGAGGUGGAUGCUGUGCAAAGGACAAUAAGAAAGCUGCUCCAAAACAGGACAGUGAAUCUGUUACCUCACCGGACUCUUCUACAAUCACUAGUGCCUCAGAUACAUGUAUCCCUUCACCACCUGCUCCACCGCUGCCGCCACCACCACCACCAAAGGAUAAAAAAUCUAGUCAAAAAACAAAAUAUGGAAAAAGUAUUGUGAGGAUAGACCCUGAUGAUAUUUUCUGGAUGAAGAAAUCCUUGAUAUGAUUGU